AUGGAGCUCACCACCCACACAAAGAAACACGAAAGCAAUAUCCUAAAAUACUGGCAUCGUGGUAUCUAUAAAUGUUACACGGGUGGCACAAUCAUAAAGCUGCAUCCUGAAUGCUUCCUAGAGCUUCAAAUGAUUGCAGUCGAGCGUGUAAACGAGUAUAUGGAUCUGGAAUCUGAAGAACAUGCCAUGAAGGCUUAUAGUCGUUCCGAAAUGAGCAAAUUACCAAACAUGUGGACUUCAGCAGGUCAUAUUGUGUUCAAGGAUUUGACACUCACUUACGGUCCACUGCUUGCUUACUUUCCUCUAAACGGUUUAAGAAGACGAGUUUAA